AUGAAGGCAACGCCUCUUCAUUUACAGCGCUCGUACGAUUACGAGAAUGCUGGUGAUUCGGAUAAUGUUUACCGUAACGGAUCGUCUGAUGCUGCAUCGAUGUCUCAGAGGAGUACCAUCGAUAGCAACAUGAGUGUUGGUGAGGCUUACGAGGAUCUUUUUUUGCUUCAAGAGAUCGCCUUUGACUUACCUGAGCUUGAGUCUACAUUGUCAAGUAGUACUUCCAACAUGAAACAUCGCAAUUCAUUUGCUUUUCCAGCAUGGCUUGUUGACACGUUUCAGGCUUCUACACAUUUCAUUUUGAUAGCGGUGUUUGUUUUUUUUAUCGGUUGUAUUGCUGGAUUUUUCAUGGCAUCACCUACUGGUUUUUCUGGUAACAAGUUAUGGGAGAGUAGCAGGACUGAUAGUCAAUCUCAGCACAAGUUGUUUGUGAUAGAGGGUAAGAGUGAUCAGAGUAUAACGUUGGAAGGUACACUUUACCUGUCACAUCACGUGAUGAACCCAACACCAUUUUCUGCUUCAUUAUAUUCCUCGGUAUCGGUUUCUUAUAUGCCAACGUCCGAUAAAUGGAAUGAGCCAUCCAACACUUGUCUGGAUGAACGUGUCUGGCAAGGUGACGAUGACAACUUUAAAGAGCUGUUAGAAGAUCCUAUGGGUCGUAUUUUUCGACCAUUGGAUAAAAGUGAUGGUCAUAUUGGUUUUCAUUCUGAUGCCGUUUGUGAGGGUGAUGAUCCGUAUAUGGGUGACAAUCGCAGUCUGAUUACGUUGAAGAAUGUAAAAUCAGUUCGUAUAUCUGGGAGCGAUUAUACGCUAAAAAUGGGCGAUAGCUUGAUGUUCGAUGUGUUUAAGUCUUACUUGUUGUUUAGCAACCGUCUUCACGUGGUUACUCAUGUGGAUUCCGGUUUAAAUGAGGUGAGUUACUUGGUAAGUGUAAACCAGGUGAUUCACAAGAAUGAUAAGACUAAGGAAUUGAUACGUUUAUUAUUGGCAGAUUGUAAGCGUGGUCAUUUGUUACUGCGUUUAGCAUCUAUUGACCAACGUUUUGAGACUAUGUUCUUCGGCGGUGACAUGUUACCUCAGAAAUUUUUACCGGUGAGUGUCCCGUGCGAAGUUUCAAAAUUCGAAACUACCGCUAGACUGGUUACCCCGGUACAACGUCAACAGACUGAUUUUUUCAUGGACCAGCUGAAAAUUUUGCUGAACAUGGGUACUAUCACCAACCCCCGCUGUCCGCUACGCCCAUCAAGUCACGUAGCUGGUAGCAAUUAA